UCCUCGAGAGCGAUCAUGAACGGAGGCAAAGCGAAUCACGAGAGCUCGUGGGCCGAUCAGUGGGAUUACAACAACUCCUCUUACCCCGUCGAAGCCAAGGGCGGCAGCGACGGCGGAACCGCAGCAAAGUACAAGCAGAAGGUCGGGGAAGGCCUUGUGAAGACCAAGGCGGUGGCUUCGACCGGCGCUAAGAAGGUCAAGGAAGGCGCCUCCGCUGGAUUCCACUGGAUCAAAGAAAAGUACCAGAAGGCUACCCAGAAGCGUUGAUUUUGAAUUUUCUUGUUAAUUUCUUGAUACAGAGUUUUAAUUUCUUGGGUUUUUAAAUAUGAUUUGAGCUUCUAGUUUCGUUGUAGGGUGAUUUGUUGUUGGUAAUUCGUUUGUACAGACAAACUUGUAUGAUCUUUUGUUUAUGUUUUGAUGAUAAAUGCAUAAAUCUAGCGUACAAGGCUACCAGAAAUAUACAUAUUUAUCCAAUUAUUAUCA